AUGAGGAUCAGUACCUUCAAGUCUCAGGUCAUGAUUCUGUCUUGGAAAAUAGAGGAUUGCUCUCUCCAGCUGAGUGGGGAACAAAUGGCCUUAAAGAAGGAGUUCAAGUAUCGCAGGAUCUUGUUCACGAGUGACAAUACAAGGGAGUGUAAAUCCCACUUGGCUAUAGUCCAGAGGGUCAAUAAUGAGGGAGAAGGUGAUCCUUUCUAUGAAGUGCUGGGCAUUGUUACUUUAGAGGAUGUUAUUGAAGAAAUCAUCAAAUCUGAGAUUCUGGAUGAAACAGACCUGUAUACCGACAACAGGACCAAAAAGAAAGUCACGCAUCGGGAACGAAAGCAAGACUUUUCUGCAUUCAAGCCAACUGACAGUGAAAUGAAAGUCAAAAUAUCUCCUCAGCUUAUGUUGGCAACACACCGUUUCCUAGCAACUGAAGUGGAGCCAUUCAGCACGGUUCACAUGUCAGAGAAAAUCCUUCUAAGGCUGCUUAAGCACCCCAAUGUCAUACAGGAGCUCAAGUUUGAUGAGAAGAAUAAGAAAAGCCCAGAACACUACCUCUAUCAUCGGAACAAGCCUGUGGAUUACUUCAUCCUAAUUUUACAGGGGAAAGUGGAAGUAGAAGCAGGAAAAGAAGGUAUGAAGUUUGAAGCUGGCGCCUUCUCUUACUAUGGCAUGAUGGCCCUAACUGCUUUACCAGUUCCUUUGUCGCUGUCUCGUACUUUUGCAGUCAGUAGAGCUGAAUCAUUAGCAGGAUCACCAGAGAAUAAAUCUCCACCACGAACCUGUGGUUUAAAUCACUCGGACUCUUUAAAUCGUAGUGACCGGAUUGAUGCAAUAACUCCAACAAUGGGGAGCAGCAACAAUCAGCUCAACUCUUUCCUGCAAGCAUAUGUACCAGACUAUUCAGUGAGAGCUGUCACGGACCUGCAGUAUGUCAAGGUGACUCGGCAGCAGUACCAGAAUGCCUUGAUGGCUUCUAGGAUUGACAAAACACCUCAAUCCUCAGACAGCGAGAACAUUAAAAUAGAAUUGACUCUAACUGAACUACGUGACGGCUUGCCGGAUGAGACGGCGAACUUGCUCAAUGAACAGAACUGUGUGGCACAUAACAAAUCCAACCACAGUAUGCACAAUGAGGGCUCCAUUUAGCAGAUGGCUAGCCUGUCUGCAUUUCAGUCACACUACAUCUUCCCUGUUACCUCCUCUGUUGGAGAUGGAUGACUUGGGGAACAACAAACCUUAAACAUGCACAUAUGAUUGAGUGUGAAGCCUUGAGACCAAAGAGUUCGUCUACUCGUCUUCUCUAGGAAGUAGUGAGAAGUGAGAGAUGUGAAAGACACGUGAAAGUGUGGCAGCUGGGAAAUGAGAGAUGGUCAUCACAGAGCUCAAUUUCAUGUUCAAAUGUACUAAGAGACAGAUUUUGUUUUUCUUUAUUCAACUAAUUUUCCUUUCUCCGGAAGGAUUGAAUGGUUUGGAUGGAAACCACAUUAAAACAAAAGACAACAAAAGAAGCUGUAUCCCUGUGACAUUCUGAAAAGUGCAACUUGGUGUCUGGUACAAAAGGUAUUGCAUUUACUGGCAAAAUCAACGGAUGUGUCUGGUUUUAUUGCAAAAAAGUGCAUGCCUCCAAUCAUUCAGUUUAUUUUUCUAUUUAUUUACUUUUAUAAAAGAAGGACUGA